AUGUUCACUCCUUUUGGUUUUCCCCACUAUUUUUUUUGUCUGACCCGCGACAGUGCCGUUGUGUCCACUCUUUUGGUUUUUACCAGUCUUUUUUUUUGUCUGACCCGCGACAGUGCCGACUGCCCACUACCUUUUGAUUUUUUGCCGCGCGACUCCCGACAUGCCCUCUUCCUUUUGGUUUUUACCAGUCUUUUUUUUUGUCUGACCCGCGACAGUGCCGAUAUGCCCACUACCUUUUGAUUUUUUGCCGCGCAUUCCCGACCUGCCCUCUUCCUUUUGGUUUUGUCGGACCCCUCCACCCCCACGACACUGAUGUAAAGGUACAUGUUUACAAGGGAUUACAAGCCGCGACGGUGACCGGUGGUUAACUACUCCCACUUUAUUUCAUAAAAAUCUACAAUAAAUCUAAUUUCAGAAUCCUUUCAAAACUAAUCUAUCUCAGCUGUUUCGAAAGAAACGUCAUACAAGUUUUGGUAA